AUGAAACCUUUGCUAACGUUGCUAGUAAUCAGUGUAUUAUUUUCCGAAAUUAAAACACAAAAAUCGGUACAAAAUGAUUUGGGAUUAUUAACGCGUGACUAUUUGCCAGAACAAUUUACCAACACGAAUUUCACUCUAGAAGAUGCCAAGACUUUGUUGCAUAAGAAAUGCAGAAAGGUGGCUUUAAUUUCCCAAAAUCCCCCACAAACCUAUGAGAACAUUGAAAUGGCAGCUAACAAAUUAAUACAGUGUGCCAAUAGCAUUGCCAAUAUAACAGUGUUGAUGGCUGAAAUAGAGGCAGCACGUCCGGCGGGUGAUUUGGAUGUUGUCUUUCACAAAUACUGCCGCAAAUUGCCACAAGCCGAAAACUGUCUGCUGGAGUUUAAUGCACAAAUACUACCCUGCCUGACACCGGCUGAACGUGCCCAAAAUGCUAUUAUGAUGCGUAUCAUCACAUCGCUGUUGGGUUUCAUUUGCCAUAAAGAUGGUGAUCAAAUUGCUUUGUUCAUUGCUGAGGAGGGACCCGAGUGUUUGGAUGCCAAUAAGGAGAACAUAUCGAAUUGUAUGAAUGCCACCUUCUCAGCCUAUCUGCCAGAGGGUGGUGUGUUAAAGUCACAAGAUGAAUGGCCGGAGUUGGUGUUGGGCCCCAAACAAUGCAUUGAUUUGCAUGACUUUGAGGAGUGUGUACUCAGCUAUUUGGAGAAAUGCAAUGAAAUUACACCGGCCAAUAUUAUAGAGUCCUUAUUCAGACAUGUGAAGAAUGAAACAAAGUGCCAAGAGGAAAUCGAUAAAGUGAUUAGUUUUCAGCCCAGUCAAAUGCAGCAGCGUAAUAUGGGUGUUAGUUAUACUCUAUAUGUUACCUUCUAUUUGGCAACAUUUAUGUUUGCAUUAAGUGUUACUUGGUAUAAUGCCUUUUUAAUCUGUCGUACACUGGGCGGUUUUCUGGCCUCUUAUGAUUCGGCCCAAGAGUUAGCCGAUAUAUCGAAUUAUUUAAUUUCAAAAUAUCCUUUAAAUUAUUACUGGUGGCUGUCGGGUUCCGAUCAAGAUGUCGAGGGUAAGUUCUUUUGGUAUAAUACUGGUGAAGCGAUUAAAUAUGCUGAUUGGUCUGAUGGUCAACCGGAUAAUAUGGGCGGUAAUGAGGAUUGUGUACAUUUGUGGCAUUUAACGAAAAAAUAUCAAAUGAAUGAUGCGAGAUGUAAUAUGUCUAUGAAUUAUAUUUGUCAAGCUGAUAAACCUAUAACGAUAGCUGUUAGUAUAUUUUAA